AUGCAACACUAUGCUGGCCGAUCUCACGACGAGAGCAAGGAAAGGGAGCAAAAGCGUCAGAGAGAACAUGGCCGAAGGCGGAGAACCCGGGAGAAGAAACAGGACAAAAAUGUGUCAGAGGGCACAUUGAUUACAGAAACAAGGCUGCUGGAGAAGAAGAUCGUAGAGCCUGCUAUGAAUGCGGACGAUAGUUACGUUCAAAGAUGGCUUGCAGGAACGAGGGAAGAGAAUGCUACACAAAAUGUGGUAGAAACGAAGGACGAGUCGAAUUAUAUCAUAGAUUCAAAAUUCAACACUUCGAGUAACCUGCGCAAUCAACCCCCUCUCGAAAGCAUGGUUCAACCAGGACAACGGGGUCAUAAAUUUGGUCAAUCGAAGAAGAGGCAUCGAUCCUUAUCUGAUAGUUCUAUCUUGCCGUCACCUCCCGAGCCAGUCUCGAAUGAGCCAUCGAGAGAUGAUGCCAACUCGUCGGCAGAGGCGCGCCGAGUAAUUAAGAGACACCGGUCCAAGUCCCGGAUAUCUAGCAUAAGAACUCUUGAUCACCAGCAAACUGGAAAAGCAAUGUUCGAGAAAAGAGCGCGCCACAAGACUCGCGAGGACCGAUAUGAACCGAAAGCCAAAAAGUCAAAACAGGACAAGGGACAGGAGAAAGACACGAAAAGAACAACGUCAAGACGCCUUAAGAAGCGUGACAAGAAUAAGCCAAAGAAAGAUGGAGCUGAGCUAAUGCGCAACUUUUCUUCGAAAAGUAUAGGCCAAGAUCGACUUACAUUCCGCCCAUCGUACGGACUUGGUUUAUUCAACAAUGGUCGUUCAUCUGAUCCUACGACUAGUGGCGUCCCUGACCUUGCGUUUUCUGAGAUGGAUUCCCUUCAGCAGAAUGAGAAACGUCGACAUACAACCGAAAAGGAACUUGCAAUUGCUAAGUCCCGCCAGAAAGAGAAGAGGAAGACAUCAAAACCAGUAGAAGACAUCUCGGCAUUCUUCAACCAAUUUCGAAAGCCACUCCAUGAGAUCAACGUGGAAAACGGCCAAAAGCGUUCGAGGCAUAUGUCAAAGACGGAGAAUGCUUGCGAAAACCCCACAGAUGAUAGAAUACAUGGAUAUGCAUCUUCAGAAAGAGUUUCGCUACCCAGGAGAAAAGCAUCUGUGUCCAUCAAUGCGUUGCCCCGGCGCUCUUUGAGCUACGUAAGUUGGUCAGAAACGAGAUACUCACCAAGUCGGUCUGAACGAAACUUCGGGACUAGUAGCAUAUAUAGACCCCCAGCUAGUCCCACCCCUGAGUCCGUCUGGAGAACCCUAGAAGCGACAGGAGUCUUUCUCGAUACAGGUAUUCAAAGUGGCCAUCAAUAUUCUCAUUCAUCCGAAGAGCGCUUGCCGCAAAAUGAGAAUUCCGAAGUGUUGAGGCAUGUCCGCCAACCUUCUGCUGAGAUCGAAGCCAACUCGGAUAAAGACAGUUCUUCAGUCUCAGAAUCAUCAAACGACUCUUCUUACGAGAAACCCAGAAAGAAACACAGAAGAGAACGAUCGGUCCAUACCCGCGCGACUGCUAUACUACGCCAGGAUAGUGGCGCUAGCCAGAAAGAAGAUAAUUAUCGUCAUCGAACUUAUGAUAACCAAGAUUUACGAAGAUUUAAAGCGUCGCCGCCAAACCGCCACGAGACUGCCCAUCAUGAGAAGAAGAAGCGAGAUAUCAGCGACAAUCGUGUUGAAAACGCUCCCAAGCUUAAAAGAACGGGAAAUGGUAUCACAGUAGAACAUUUCGAUAGAGAGUUAGGUUGGCAUCAAGAACCAGACCACACCUCUUCUCAAAGUACACCCCCGAUACAUCGCUCUGACGCUCUUGUGCCAGAAGUAACUGUGCCAGAGAUCACGAAAGAAAAUCCCAUUAGCCGUGAAGAACUUGCAAAGCGCGCAAAAAUCAGGCGUCCUGCAACGACCCUGCCGGUUUUGAAGUCUCAGAAAGACAGUAAUCAGCUUGUUGAACAGAGGCGGCCAACAACCGUGGACCAGACACAAACGUCUCGACCACACACAUCUAGUCCACAUCGUUCGCGACAGCGGGAGCCAAUACCACCGCAGGGCACAACGAGCCCAUCGAAUGACAACAAUCCUAAGAAGAUCUUUUCGGCCAAGAAAUCAGAUGCAACCCAUAGAACAACCCUUAGUGAAAGGGUAGCUAGGAUCGAGAAAAACCUUGCUAAGCAGAGCACACCCAUACAUGUCACUAAUACCCAAGAGAAACCAAAUCCUAGCCCUGUAGCUUCUCAAUCAGAAGUACAGCCAGAAGAAAUAACCACAAGGCUGGGAUUACCGCUUCGAGGAGGAUUUCAGCACGAGAUCGUCCCAAAGGCUAGGUCGAACAUGGUUACCGAUUCCGACUCUCUUUUCUUGAGGCAAGCCCAACAAGGAGAUCAUGACUUCGUUGAACAUAGAUUUGAAAAUCUGAUAGACGACAAUGACGCUAUGAUUUAUGGAAGUCCACCUGUUAUGAUCGACCGUCCAUAUCUUGGUGAUAAUCAUUUCGACGAACUGGAAUUGCUGGAUGAUAAAGAUGUGCAAGGAACACCUGCUGGCGAGGGCGUGUAUGAUUAUGAAUAUGAGGAUACGAUGAUGGAGCAUGACAAUCUACCACUCGUGUCCCACACGGAGAAUUGGCAGCAUGCAUAUCAAUACGACGGCGAAUAUCCGCAUGAUCCUUAUAUGAUUGGGGAGAAACAGCUCAGUGAGAAUUGGUAUGAAUACGACCCGCCACACAAUAACCAACAAUAUUUUGAGCCGAGAGUGGAUGGCAUGGAGGAGGUAGAUAAUGACGCAUUUCAGCACCUUGAUUUCGAAGGAGACAUGUAUCCUAUGGAACGUCAGCCAUAUCCUGAUGUAAAUGAAAAUUAUUGGUAG